GAAGAGAGAAGAUGAAUGACAGCAAACCACCUAGCUGUUGGUGAUCGAACCGACCCGAAGCUGAGCCGGACAUGGGAUUGCCAUGUGCCGAGUCGCCCGGGAGGCUUGAGACUUUGGUCACUCGAGGAGAGGCUGCGCCGUACAGUCAAUUGUUCGACUACACAACCAAACAUCCAUCUUGGGAUGCCUCUCGUUCUUGACGAAAUGGUACUCUCUCAAAUCACGGUCUAACAUGUCGCUUUGCUGCGUACACGGUGCUCUGGCCUCGGCGAUUUCACCAUUUCUGCUGCUGUUUUGCCUAUUAGUAGGGCUACCUAGUCAUCAUUCGCAGCAGUCUCGAGCGGGUUACCCUUUCAAGAACCAUCUCCACCUAGCAACCAGAAUGGAGCCUGCUGCUACUUGCAGGGUGUUGCGACCAAGACACCCUCCUCCACUCUCACCACCCCUUGUCGCUCUUGUGCUCUCGGGUCUUCUCAUUUGUUAUGCACCGGCCGUUGCAUCCACUCCAGGGCCUCUCUUCCGCCCCCGGCACAGAGGGCGCAACACUGGAGACUCGAGAGUCGAAAGGAAAAGCCUCGAGCUAAAGAUGGCCCCCUUUGUAUUUUCGUGUAUGUAGUGUACACUACACUAUACAUGUACACUACACGUCUACCCCAUCAAUAUCAAGGGGGUUCGGAUACGCUAGCGGGCUACACUAAGGACUAAGCAGUGCGCUAGGUGACUGGUCAAGCGGGCGAAUUGCUGUUUGGUUGCUGGCUGGCCAUGCUGCAUGCAAGACAAGCCUCGAUGUCUCCCGCGGCCUCGUUAGAUGGACUCUCUCACUCACUCUUCGUAGCUGUCGCUGGGGUUUUCAGUUAAAGACUGGCCAUCGACCAGAGAUCGCAUCGCUGGACGCCACCCCUUCCUUCUGCCUUUUUAUUCUUUCCCACUUCCCAGGUCUAUUCGCCUCCCUGCUAUGGGCCAAGUCUAUCCACACUAAACGCCCAUUUAUCCAUACCACUCAACUUCCGUCCUCGACAGUCCUGACCGGUGUCUUGGCCAAGCUUACCUGCCGACUGUUUGGACAGCUUCUCCUUAUGAUAUCUCUGAGACUCGAUACCUGCAGCAUACUCAACCAUCACGGCCCGCAGUCGUCACCACCAUGACUGCCCCCAUCAACGCCCCACCUGCUGCGACGGCCAAAGAUGCUGCCUCCGCGAGGAAGCGUAGGAGAAGGGCGCCCGCUGGCGGAGCUGCCGACGACUGCUUUACCUGCGCCAAGAGAAAUGUUAAGUGCGACCGGAGGAGACCGUAUUGUUCGCAAUGUCUCGAAAUUGGAAAUGAGUGCUCGGGAUACAAGACCCAGUUGACUUGGGGUGUCGGUGUUGCCAGUCGAGGCAAGCUUCGAGGCCUAUCGCUACCCAUCGCCAAGUCACCACCCGUGAACCCCGGAAAAGGAGUGACGGCAUUGAAGUCGCCAACAACGAGGCAACGCACUAGUUCGGUCGCAUCCGUCAGCCAGUACUCGGAAACAGAGGAUCGUGUUAAACGUGAGGAGACAGAGCAGCCGUCGUCUGUGGAUCUUCACUCACCUCUUCACUCACCACUGUCUGGUCCGCCUUUUCAUCACUUCGAUAUGUCUCACAUGUCCCCCGUGACGGAAGCCCCACCACCCGGCUGGACUCACAUCCCGUUUACUUCACCCAUGUCUCCUCACGACGGCUCUGGAUAUCCAGGAAGGAGCAUGUCGCUUUCCAUGGCAUCCCACAUGGACUCUAUAAGCGAAACUGACUACAUGUCUCCCAUCGCUCACUCGUUCCCGAGAGACGAUGUUUCUUACAUCCACAGUCCCCUUCAGAGCCCGACCGCUGUCUACGAUAGCUAUCCCGGCCAUGGCACAUCUGUCCAGCAUACCCAUCCAUCCGCCGUGAUGAUCGAGUCCCACAGGCCUCCGACCUCGUGUCCCAGCCUCGGUUACUCGCCCUCAGAGCCUACUGCUAGUCUCCCUCUGCGAGUAUCUCCUGUGGACAGCUUAGAAGCCCAGCUGAGUCGCAAGAUGGUGCAAGAAUGUGAUGUCUUCGUGCCGAGAACACCAUCCGACUUGGAGACAUUUAGUACCAGCGUCCAAUCUCACGGCCCGUUCUGGGCACCAUCCAAUGCAGACGACGAAUCACUUUCGCAAAGUGUCCACGAGCAUAAUCAGCUACCGUGGCCGACUUCGUUUCCUUCGCAAUCACCCUCCCCGAUCCUGCGAGUAAGCCCUGAUCUCAUCCAUAAGAUGCCUUUCUUCAUGGACUAUUACGAGAAGACCAUUUGUCCCCGCAUGGUCUUUAUCGACAACCCCAGCAACCCGUUCAGGGAACACAUCUUGCAGCUCGGUACCACUAGCAGGAGCUUGCAGCAUGCCAUCUGUGCACUCGCCGCAUGCAACCUCAGGAUUAAGCGACGGCUGAGUCUUGGACAGCACAUGCGCGACGUUGGAGAAAAGCGAUUGGAUGCAAGCCCAUUCGACGGUUACUCGGAUACACAGCCAGAGGACCAGUCCCUCUCCGAGGAGUAUCAACACAGGAACCUGGCUGUUCAUCUGCUGAAUGAGCAGCUUAAUGACCCGGAGAAGUCGACUCAUGAUUCAGUCCUGGCCACCAUCCUCAUACUUUGCCACUACCGGAUGGCUGAGUCCGGCGUCGCCAAGUUUCAAACCCAGUUUGCAGGAGUUAAGAAGAUACUAGGGUUACGUCGAAUGUCUUCCUAUCCUGCAUCAAGAGACUCGGCAUGGAUGGAGGCGCUAUUCACAUACUUUGAUGCUAUCACUGCGAGCGUCAACGAUCGGGAAGCUCAGCUCAACACAUCCUUCUAUGGCCUUCUUCCUGACUCGCAACUUCUUCCACCUGGUACGGAAAAUCUCGUAGGCUGUGAUCGUGAGCUAUUCAAGACGAUUGUCAAGCUAGGUCGUUUGAACUUGCUUUCCCAGCAUCGACCGGUACAAAACCUUCUGGCCAACGCCCAGCGUGCACGCGCCAACAGCCUAUGCGGCACCCCUUCGCCUCUUGGUGGUGGCGGCUUCAAGUCAUCCCCGUCUGAGCACCAUCACUUGUUCGGAAGCUUCCAGCCGAUGAGAUUCGAGGGCAGCGGACUCGGCUCGACCAUGGAGGACGACGAAAUGACGGGUAUAGGUCACACAUCCAUGGGAUACGACGAUCACGGCAGCACAUUCUGGCGCGAGUGGAAGGACGCGCGCACUGCCCUGCAGAGCUGGGAGUUUGACGCGUCGAGGGUCGUGGCCUCAUUGGCGCCAACGUUGUCGCCGCCGCCUACAGGCUCACAGGUGCGCGAUCUGGGCUCGUUGAGCGAAGCAUUCCGGUAUGCGGCGCUUCUGUACACGGAACGCCUGGCCAGUCCCAACCUCCCUAGCUCUCAUAGUCACUUCCGGGAUCUGGUCAGCCAGGUUGUUUACUAUGCCACCAGCCUGGAAGCAGGCAGCAGUGCGGAGAAGUUCCUGCUCUGGCCUCUGUUUGUGGCUGGAAGCGAAUGCGUCAACGUGUUACAGCAGAACAUUGUCAGGUCCAAAUGCCGCGAUAUUAUGGCUCGCAGCGGCUACAUGAACAACAUGGCUGCCUUGGACGUUUUGGAACGCCUGUGGGCAGAGGAUGUAAAGGAAAAUGGUCCCGGUGCCAAAAUGAGGGGCAUGAUGCGCAGCGGACCAUUCAACUGGUCGAGGUGCAUUGGGGGACCUGGUGUGGAUGUGGAAUGGAUCAUGUUCUGAUAUUCAAACAGGUGACAGGGGGGUUGGUUGGUUGCUUUGGUUACUGCUGCUAUUACUAGGUACUUACUGGUGUUUUGUCCAUCUUUUGGGAGCGGGAUCUCUCUGUUUUCGGAUCACAUGUUUGGCUUUGGGUCUGGUCACGGCGCUUAGGCACACACAAAAAUUAGCCUUCCUUUACAUGUACUACUACUAUAUGCAUAUAUGACCGGGGAUGAAUAGGAUGACGGGUUGGGAAGCAUACGGGGAAGGUUGUGGUUUUAUUCAGCUUCGAAUAGGAAGAGAAUUGAAGCUGCUUAGGUACCGAGGCAUCUAAUCUACCUAGUCUUGCCCGUCGAGAGAAAUGAACAGACAUACUGCUGCACAUCAAUCCGGACUGAGGUAUCUAUGGUGGUGGCACGUCGGUUCGGAAAGCCGCGUCUUCUCUCGGUUCAGUUCCUUUCCAUCUCGUUCACUGUUCCUAUCCGUCAUAUCGGGGUUUCUCCCAUACAUACCUACCUAGGUACCGACAUACAUUGGAAGGUAGAAGCUACAUGCAUUG